UCACUGCACAAAUGGCAAAUGCACACAAAUCAUAACCGCCUUCAAAUGCAACUAUAUAUUAUCACAAAUCAAUUUUGGUUUAUCCAGAAUUAAUCUCAAAUUCAAGGCAUGAAGGAAGAGAAUGAGAUUUUGGGUUUCUCCGCAUUACCAGAAGGAUGUAUAUCAUAUAUAAUUUCAUUCACUUCCCCGAAAGAUGCAUGUAUAGCAUCUGCUGUUUCUUUGGGAUUCAAAUCUGCUGCUGAAUCUGAUACAGUGUGGGAGCGGUUUCUUCCGCCGGAUUAUCAAGAUAUUAUUGCAAAAUCGGUUUCUCCGGUGAUUUGUUGUUCCAAAAAGGAACUUUAUUUUCAUCUUUGUGAUUCUACUCUCCUCCUUGACGGCGGCAAACUGAGUCUCAGAUUGAGCAAGCCAAGUGGAAAGAAGUGUUAUAUGUUGUGUGCGAGAAAACUUUACAUUGCAUGGGGAGAUAAUCCAAUGUACUGGAAUUGGAAGACCCAGAGAGAAUCGAGGUUUGCUGAGGUAGCAGAACUAUUGAUUGUUUGCUGGCUUGAAAUUUGUGGAAAAAUGCAAACUCGAAUGCUGUCUUUGAAGACUAAUUAUGCAGCAUAUCUCAUAUUCAAAACCCAUCAGAAUUCUUACGGGCUCGACUAUUCCUCCAAGGCAUCUGUCAAACUUGUUCAACAAAUCAUAGCCGAGGUCGAAGGCGAGAACAACAUAGUAUAUCUAAAACAACCAACUCGUAGACAUGGAAGGUUGAGACAAUUGGGCGUAAAAAAAAUUGAUGGUUGGCUUGCGAAAGAAAGAAGGGAUGGGUGGAUGGAGAUUGAAUUGGGAGAAUAUUUCAAUGAUAAAGGAGAUGAAGGUGAUAUUCAGAUGCAACUCCUGGAGAUCGAGAAGCUUCAUUGGAAGGGUGGCCUUAUAAUUGAAGGUAUUGAGCUUCGCCCCAAGGAGGGAUAGAACGAGGAGAUCAAGUCUCACUGUUACUUUGUUAUGAAAAAUUUACAUGCUCAUCGUAUUUGAUAAGAAAAUGAUCUGAUUAGAAGGGGCUUGUUAUAUAAAUUUAUUUAGGGGUUUGGUUAAGAAAGUUUUUAAUAAAAGUUUUAGGAGAUUUGUAUAAAAGUGGAUGAAAUGUAUGGUUGAAAAGUUGAAUAGAAGCUGUGGGUCACGUGAAAUGUAUGAUUAAAAUAUUGUUAAAUUUGAACUCAAUUUUUUAAGCUGUUCAAAACAAGCUGAAAAUUGAUGUUCUCUUUUAUUGUUUAUGUGAUACCUAUUGGAUGGUAUUUAUCUAUCGAGUAAA